AUGGCCAGUACAAUGAUGAGGUGGGAGUGCUUGAGUAAGGUCAAAGGUGUACUCUACUUCUCAUCCUUACACCUGUCCGACUGGACGUGUGGUGUCUGUAGUGAGAUGGAAGCAGAUAAAGGGCGAUCUCGCGGAGCUCGGCUGAGUGGCGAGGGGGAGGAGAGGGCAGGGAAUGGGGCUGUUGUGAGGAUGGGUUUACAUGACGGCAGGGGCAGGCCUCUGGACGGAAUGACUCAGCCAGCAUCAGAAGCCGGCCGAGCCCAGGCCGAAAUAUGGCAUGGCUGGUUGGCCGACUGA